AUGGCUCAACGUAACGGCGGUGUUUACACUACUGGAACUGGCCUCAACACUGGUCAUAAUAAUUCUGGCGACAACGGCUCCCGUACGCCCCGGUCUUCACUCGGAACGAACGGACUAGCUACUCCUGGCAGUGCACCUACUGGCCACGCGGCGACUUCAACCGCAGCGACGCCCGGCUCGGCCCGCCCUGCUGCGGCGCGCGUUCUACGCGCGUGCAAGUUUCUGAAAGAGAAUAAGGUUAUGGAGAAUGAUGAACCGCGGCUUACUAUGGGCUCUCUGACCUCUGCUCUGCGACGCUUUCCCGAGCUACCGAGCCGUACUACAAAGGAACUUAUGUGCAAGCUCGCUACAACUGUGGCGGAACUACUGGACAUCUUGGCGACCGAUCAGCAAGACCAUGUCCUUAAUCUCCUGGUCGAACAGGAGCGGCGGAUAGAGACGAUUUAUAAGGAGGGCAUGGGCCGCCUCGAGGACUGUGUCGAAGGGCUUCAGGAGAAGAUCACGGGCGAAGUACAGGCUCCCCGCAACAAGGCCCCCCUCCCAGACGGUGCUACUGAGACCCCAUUCGGCGCUUUCGUCGAUGUCCCCAACACGCGCGAACUUAGCGCCAGGAAUGCAGAGUACAUCCGUGACAGCCAAGUGCUGUUCAGACCGCACCUGACUGCCCCGCCCGAGAACAUCGAGGUCGUACCAACCAGCGGGCCGGAUGUCAUCAUUGCGGACCGCUUCCGCGCGGCUGUGCGAGAUGGCGAACUUGAAAAGAAAGCGGGCUGUGCCUUGCUCCCGCUACGCGCUCGUCGUCUCAAGGUCGACAUCCUCGUGGACUUCCCAUCGCCUGCGGCGGCAAAGUGGAUCAAGUCCGCAGAAGGUAGCGAGGCGCUGGAGCAUCAUCUGCGGUACCACAUGAGUGCGGUCGGGCGGAAAUACAAGGUGGUCGCCCACAUCGUGCCAACGACAUUUGCGACGGGCAGCCCAGAUGCCCUGCGUGAGAUCGAGGAACUGAACGAGUUGCCACCUGGCUGUAUCGAAGCUGCUCAGUGGAUUAAACCCGAGCGACUUCGGGAUCCAGAUCAGCGCCACGCAAACUUGAUGCUGACGCUCAAUGAACCAAAGGCGGCGAAUUGCACGAUUCUGGGCGGCGUGACAGUCUGCGGACACUGGUCGCAGUGCUGGCGCCAGAAGAGACCUCGGCUACGUCGACUCCACCUGCUUCCACUCCCGUUGGCAACGCACACUGAGCCAGUCGACCCGACGCGAACGCGAAACUUGAGGAUCUUCCAACACAACCUCAACAAGAACCCCAUCGCCCAGCAGGCGCUGAUCAACAGGAAUCCCCAGCAACUGUACGACAUCCUUUUCCUGCAGGAGCCUUAUAUCGACUCUCGCGGCCUCACACGCGCGACACCCGACUUCCACACUGAGUACCCGCACGGUUAUGAUUUCGACCAUGAGAACCCAGCACGAUCUGUCAUCCUCGUCAACAAGAUAAUCUCUACGGACGCGUAUGAGAUGCUACCGUUCCCGGGUCGGGAUGUCACGGCUAUUCAGCUCACUGGCGAUUUUGGCCGGCUGACUAUAUUCAACAUCUACAAUAGCUGUGACGACUCCGAGACCAUUCACCAGCUGAGAGCAUUCAUCCAGGACAACCGUGACCGCAUUCUUCCUGACGACCGCUCGCACAUGAUCUGGCUAGGCGACUUUAACCGACAUCACCGCUUCUGGGACGACCAUGCGCACACGCAGCUGUUCAGCAAGCGCGCGACGCGCGAGGCUGAGAUUCUACUCACUCUGACGGCGGAUUUCAACAUGACUAUGGCACUACCGGCUGGCAUACCCACCCUCCAGCUCAAUCGCACGAAACAGUGGCACCGAACAGACAACGUCUGGUGCUCACCCGGCCUUCUCGACGCUCUUACAUCCUGUGACACGGACCCUGGAAACCGUGGCCCACGCACCGACCACGUACCUAUCUGCACCGUUCUUGAUAUACCAGUGGAGACACGACGCCCUGCGCCCACCCGCAACAUCAGGCUCACGAACUGGGAGGCUUUCCGAGAAUUUCUCACAACAAGAAUCGACGAACUGCCCGAUCCGGAGGAGAUCACGUCACAGGAACAACUAGACACCAUCAUUCACGCUCUAACCAAAGCCAUACAGGAUACUAUUGCUGAGAAGGUCCCGCUCUCAAAGGACCGCCCGCAUUGUAAGGCUUGGUGGACCAGCGAGCUGACGGCGAUGCGCAAACGGUAUUAUACAGCCGAUCGCGAGUCUUAUCGUUGGCGUGGGACACCAGGGCACUCGGCUCAUCUCGAGCGCCGACUCCUCCACAAGGAGUACGCCAGGGCUAUUCGUUUUGCUAAGAAAACUCACUGGGAAAGCUGGCUCGACUCUGUGUGCGAGGAGGACGUCUGGAAGGCGAAUAAGUUUGCGGGCUCUCAAGGUACUGACGGCGGGACGACAACUAUACCGACACUAGUACGAAAGGAUGAAGCUGGUAACGUCACGAGCUCCGCCGCAACCAACAUUGUCAAGAGCGAGUGGCUAGCACAGUCGUUCUUUCCUGAGCCACCUGACGACGCCAACCUGCCACCCGAUCCGGUCUACCCGACACCAGUAGGAGACUUCACGCCGCUCGACGAAGACACGGUCCUGCGUCACCUGGCACGCCUUAGCCCAUAUAAGGCACCAGGGCCCGAUGGUAUACAGAACAUCGUGCUCACGAAGUGCGCUGACCUCAUCGCACCACAUCUCGUCCCCGUCUACAACGCCAUUCUGCAAUACGACUUUUACUAUGGCCCCUGGCGCGAGUUCACCACAAUCGUACUACGGAAACCUGGUAAACCGAGCUACACCAUCACGAAAGCAUACCGACCGAUUGCACUGCUGAACACGUUGGCCAAGGUACUCACGGCCAUCGUUACAGAACGGCUCACGUUCUUAUGCGAGGAGUUUGACCUUUUACCGCACACCCAAUUCGGCGGCCGCCCGGGUCGAGCGACAACGGACUCUAUGCACUACCUCACGGACAUCAUAACAACGGCGUGGGCGCAAGGGAAAGUGGUCUCGGUUCUCUUCCUGGACAUCGAAGGGGCUUUUCCCAAUGCUGUGCCGGAAGUCCUACUACAUGAUCUGCGCAUGCGGCGCGUUCCGCGGUACAUUGUCGACUUUGUGGCACGAAUACUCGACGGCCGACAGACUCAAUUGAAGUUUGAUGGGUUCGAAUCGGAGCCCUUCGACGUGCGGAAUGGCAUACCUCAGGGCGACCCAAUGUCGCUGAUACUAUACCUCUUUUACGGAGCCGGCCUCCUGCAGAUCCCGAUGGAUGACCGAGAGAGGGCGCUAGGCUUCGUCGACGACUCGGCCCUCGUGGCCAUUGGCGAUGAUUUUACGCUCACGCACAGGAAACUGCGGCACAUGUAUUUACGGCCGGGUGGCGCUCGGGACUGGGCCACAAGUCACUUCUCGAAGUUCGAGCCCAGCAAAUUCAAGCUCAUGAACUUCUCGAAGGCGCCAUCACCACCCGAAGGUCAACCCUCCGAUCCCCACCCGAAGCGCAAGCGCAACGAGCCCGGGACGCCCACCCAGCACAAGCGACCACCACCACGACGAUUGGCGCGGCCGCCACUACAGAUGGGCGGGCUUACCAUCAAGCCCGUGCACACUCACCGCUUUUUAGGCGUCAUAUGGGAUGACCGGCUUUCAUGGUCCGAACAUGCGAAGACGGCGGUGGACAAAGGGCGCGACUACGCCCUCCAGGUACGUCGUCUAGCCCGUAUGCAUUAUGGAGUACGCCCGAAGUUCGUUCGGCGUAUCUACAUCGGAGUUGUUAUCCCGAAAAUGCUAUACGCGGUCGACGUUUGGGGCUUACCGCUCCCGGCGGACAUCCCGUGCGCAGACCCGUGGCUCUCCCGACGCCGAGGAUCAGUCGGUGUCAUGGCAGGGCUUUGCAAGGUCCAGCGUAUUGCGGCACUGACGAUCACAGGCGGCAUGCGCUCGUCGCCGAACGACCUACUUGAUAUCUCAGCCAAUCUGCUACCAAUGCGGCUCCUAGUCGCGAAGCUGUGCUACCGGGCGCUUUCACGCAUCUCCGCCACACCAGUCAACCACCCGCUACAUUGUGUGGCGCGUCGCGCGGCAGCGCUCUUCCCACCUCGGCAUCGCAGCCCACUCCAAUACCUCUACCAUCUCUUCCCGGAACUGACACCUGACCGGCUGGAGGAUAUAACGCCUAUGCGCUACAACCCCGCACUAAUGGAGACGCCCUACGCCACACACAUCGCCGAGACGAGAGAGGAAUCGCACGAUAUGGACAAGGAGAUGCCGUCAGUCGUACGGGUGUACACGGAUGGAUCCGGGUAUGAAGGACAUGCAGGAGCGGCGGCGGUCUUAGUGAGAACGGACGGCGUACACACCGAGCGGCGCGUUCUCCGCUAUCGCUUGGGACCACUCACCGAACAUACAGUAUACGAAGCGGAAACCGUGGGGAUCAUCCUGGGUGCCCACCUGUUGCUCACUGAAGAUGCAGCGACGGCAUCGCGGCCGUCGAGCAUUAGCCUCGACAACCAGGCCGUCAUUCGGGCGACGAAGCACCUACACAAGGCUAAGCCCGGCCACUCUUUGCUUGACCGUUUCCGGGACCUAGCUUACCGCCUUAUUCAGAUUCGCCGGUACCCCUUCUCACUCGGCAUUUACUGGAUCUCGGGGCAUGACGACGCGGAGCUCAACGAGUUCGUCGAUGGCCAAGCCAAGCUCGCCGCGGAGGGCGAUGAGAGCGCCGCUAGCGAACUUCCCGCUUGCCUCCAUGCAAAACCCCGCCUGAGCGUGCCAGCCGCGCGCCAAGAAUACGCGGCACGUCUCAAGGCACGCUGGCAGGAGGAAUGGCAGUUGUCGCCGCGAUACGCACGUCAUCGAGACUGGGCGCCAGAUGCGACGUCGAAGCGCCAUCUCCAGUCUACCUCAGGCCUAUCGCGCAGGGACAGCACACUGCUAUUCCAGCUUCGUUCUGGCCAUGUGCCGCUCAAUGCACACCUCCAUCGCAUCAAUUGCGCCCCAUCACCAACCUGUACCGCUUGCGAGGAGGCCGAUGAGACGGUCGCGCACUUCAUUUACGAGUGCCCUGCACGGCAAUCCGAGCGAAGGCGGCUGAAGGCGGCGGCAGGGAAACGGUGGCGCAACCGCACCUUCCUGCUGACAGACGACAAAGGCAUUGCGGCGCUUAUGGCGUAUGUACGGGAUACAGGGCGAAUACGAGGGAAACGGGACGACGAUGGUGGGAGGCCGGAGGAUGGUACGAGCGGUGGGAGAGAGGGGAGGAAUGGAUUUGGCAAGGAGCGAGGAAAUGGGGACGAGGCGGAGGAUUUUGAGGAGGACGAGGAACAGGAGGAAGAUGGUGCAGGCGGCGACGAGGGGGAUCAGGAGGAGGAGACCGACGAGGGAGUGGUCACGGAGAUGGAUCGGUUCUUGAGGUGGUUCGGGAUGAUGACGGAGACGGAGAGGAGGAGGAGGAUGGGGAAGGAGAAGGACGGGAAGGAGCGGGACGAGGAACAAGACUCAGCGUAG